AUGGCUGCAUUGGCGCUGCCUGGAGCUGUUUUGGGGCAGACCUGGAGCAAGUGCAAUCCGUUGACCACUACCGGAUGUCCCGCUGACACGGCUCUGGGCAUGAGUAUCAAUGUGGACUUCACCAAGGGUGCCGUCAACUCCUUUGUCGCUUCUGGGUCGCCGACAUAUGACAGCAAUGGCGUCUCAUUCACGGUGGCCCGUGGUGGUGACGCUCCACAGCUCGCAUCCGUGUUUUACAUCAUGUUUGGCCGUGUUGAAAUCACUAUGAAGGCCGCCCCUGGCGCAGGCAUUGUCUCGUCAGUGGUGUUGCAGUCUGAUGACCUCGAUGAGAUUGAUUUGGAAUGGCUCGGUGCUCAGCCCGAUCAACUUCAGUCCAACUACUUUGGCAAGGGCCAAACGACGACGUACAACCGCGGGCAGUUCCACAACGUCCAAGGUACCCAGGCGAACUGGAUCAAGUACACUGUGGACUGGACUCAGGACAGGAUUCUGUGGAUGGCAGGCGAUUCUGUGCUGCGCACUUUGACACAGGCUGAUGCUGAGGCGAAUCAAUACCCACAGACGCCGAUGCAGGUCAAGUUCGGCUCUUGGGCUGGUGGCGAUCCAAACACCAAUGCUCCAGGCACUGUGCAAUGGGCCCAGGGGCCUACGGAUUUCAGCAAGGGCCCCUUCAGUAUGUUGGUCCAGAGCAUCACUGUCACAGACUACUCUACUGGAAAGCAGUACGUCUACAGCAACAACUCUGGCUCGUGGCAGUCGAUUCAAGCCGUCGGCGGCACGAUUAACGGCAACGCCAACAACCAAAACUCUCUCACAAUCACAGCCAGCAAUGCCGCCGCCAGCACCCCAACAAUCGUCUUGUCCAUUCCCGUUGGCGGCAUCGGCACGGAUAAAAGCCCAGCUACCGCCACACAGACUGGCUGGCCGUGGGUGAAAGGUGCCACGCCAACAAUGGGCAGCAUUCCUAGCGGAUGGCAUAUGAACCCAGAUGGCAAGAUUGCACGCAACGCCGGUGCGACAUCGGGCGUGCCUCUUCCGUCGUUGUUGGUGCUUCUGCUGAGCCACUUGGCCAUUGGUGCGUUGGCCUUUGUUGCAAGGAUAUAA